CAGAACACCUGGUUGGUUUCACUUUGGUUGAGCUCUGGGGUCCCAGACAUGGAGGGGACGGGCCCCCUGAGGGUGGGGCUGACAGUGUUGGUCCUCCUGUGUGGAGGGGUGUCCGCAGGCUCUCACUUUCUUCGAUUCGUCCUGACAUCCACAACUCCGAUUCCCGGUUUUCCACAGGUUGUGGGUGUCGGUUCCGUGGACGGUGUCCAGUUCAUGAGGUACGACAGUGAUCAGAAGUUGGUUCCCCGGGACCAGCGGAUGCGGGAGAGUGAGGGGGCCGAGAUGUGGAUGAGGAAGCUGGAACUUGGCGGGGCCCGGGAUAUGCUCCUUAAUGAAUUUAUGUCGUUCAUAAUGUCUCAGACCAACCAGUCGAGCGGAAUCCACGUCCUCCAGCGGAUAUUUGGCUGUGACCUGAGGGAAGAUGGGACCAGCAGCAGCUUCGUCCAGUACGGCUGGGACGGAGAGGACCUGCUCAAGUUCGACAAGGGCCGCAAGGUGUGGGUGUCGUCAGUACCAUGGGGAAUGAGCGUUAAAAACCGAUGCAAUGUUCAGGUGGUCCGCAUCCAGAGAUGGAAGGACUUCCUGGAGACGGAGUGUGUCGAGUGGCUGAGAAGAUACGUGGAGUACGGAGAGAGGGAACUGCGAGUGGUACCCCCCCAGGUGACCUUCACCCCUUCGGCCCACACCCCCCACCUCUCCUGCUGGGCCACCGGCUUCCACCCCUCGUCCAUCGAGGUGACCCUGUGGAGGGACGGGACCAUCCUCCAUGAGGCCCACUCCAGCGGGCUCCUGCCCAAUCACGACGGGACCCACCAGAUCCGGAAGUGGGUGCAGGUCGAUCCCGACGACCCAGGACAGUUCUCCUGUCGGGUGGAGCACAGCGGACUAGAGGAUCCCAUCGUCCUGGUUUACGUGCGGGGGACUCACUCCCGGCUCCCACUCAUCCUCGGGCUCCUGGUCGCUCUCAUUGCUCUCACCAUCGCUGUCGGCGCCGUCCACAGGUGGCGAGCGGGAGUGAAGAGGAACUACAAUCCCACACCGACUUCAGACGGUGCAGGAUCCUCGGCCGGUUCCACCGCCAGCGAGACUUGUGCAGAUGGCAAUGAACUGGACUGUGACCUUGAGACCAGUGCGACAGAGGAAGAACAAGACAUGGAGGGGACGGGCCCCCUGAGGGUGGUGCUGACAGUGUUGGUCCUCCUGUGUGGAGGGGUCUCCGCAGCCUCUCACUUUCUCCGAUUUUUCCUGACAUUUACAAUUGAGAUUCCUGACUUCCCGCACUUUCUGGCUGUCGGUUACGUGGAUGGUGUCAAGUUCAUGACGUACGACAGUGAUCGGGAGUUGGUUGCCCGGGACCAGUGGAUGGGGGAGAGUGAGGGGGCCAAGUGGUGGAUGAGGAAGCUGGAACUUGUCAAGGGCCGGGAGAUUGCCCUAAAACAGUUUACUUCGUUCAUAAUGUUUCAGACCAACCAUUCAGGUGGAAUCCACACCCUCCAGCAGAUAUUUGGCUGUGACCUGAGGGAAGAUGGGACGACCAGCGGCUUCUCCAAGUACAGCUGGGACGGACAGGACCUGAUGAGCUUCGACAAGGGCCACAUGUUCUGGGUGACAUCAUUACCAUGGGCACAGAACAUUAAAAACCAGUGCAGUCCUGAUUCAGUCCGCAUCCAGAGAUGGAAGAACUUCCUGGAGAGGGAGUGUGUCGAGUGGCUGAGGAGAUACGUGGAGUACGGAGAGAGGGAACUGCGAGUGGUCCCCCCCCAGGUGACCUUCACCCCUUCGGCCCACACCCCCCACCUCUCCUGCUGGGCCACCGGCUUCCACCCCCCGUCCAUCGAGGUGACCCUGUGGAGGGACGGGACCAUCCUCAAUGAGGCCCACUCCAGCGGGCUCCUGCCCAAUCACGACGGGACCCACCAGAUCCGGAAGUGGGUGCAGGUCGAUCCCGACGACCCGGGACAGUUCUCCUGUCGGGUGGAGCACAGCGGACUGGAGGAUCCUGUCGUCCUGGUUUACGUGUGGGGGACUCACUCCCGGCUCCCACUCAUCCUUGGGCUCCUGGUCGCUCUCAUCGCUCUCACCAUCGCUGUCGGUGCCGUCUACAGGUGGCGAGCGGGAGUGAAGAGGAACUACAAUCCCACACCGACUUCAGACGGUGCAGGAUCCUCGGCCGGUUCCACCACCAGCGAGUGAGUGAUCGGACCGGCAGCCGGAGAGGACAAGAAACUCUCGGAGACGACUAAGAGACUCCAGGAAUGUUUCACCUCGUCACUCUGAGCCAGAGCUCCGUGGAUCUGUGUUGGUUUCAUCGGAUCCCACACACUGCAGUUGCUGUACACAACCUGCCCUGCCGUGCUCGACUGAACUGUUGUUGAUGUUUGUGAUGUGUUGAACACUCCACGUUCUGUUGAAGUCACUGACUCAACAUUCCACACUCCACAGCAAUGCUGAUUCACCAGUCCACACGUCGAUGCUCCGUUCAUGCUGCACUGAACCGGAUGGAAUUCGUCCCCCGUCACCACCCUCUCUCUCCGGCUCCUCUCUCCCCCACUUCCCCAUCUCCACAGCUGUUGUUUUCCAACCUUUCCCAAUUCUGGUGGGGGGGGGGGGGUCAUUGGCUUGAAAUGUUAACUGUUUCCUCUCUCUAGAGCCCGCCAUCUGUGCACAGCACUGAAACCCUGUUGUGGCAUUUGUAAAUUAUUUAUUCCAGCUAAUAUAACUCAUGGAGUUCGACGGCACAGAAACAGGCCCUUCGGUCCAACUGGUCCAUGCCAACCAAGAUUCCCACCAAAGCUCGUCCCUCUGAACCUCUCCUAUCCAUGUACCUGUCCAAGCUUCUGUUAAAUGUUGUUAAUGUACCUGCCUCAACCACUUACUCUGGCAGCUCGUUCCAUGUACAUACCACUCUCUGGGUGAAAGAGUUGCCCCUUCGGUUUCUAUAAAUCUGAGAUGGACUCUGACCUCAUGAUCUACCUUGUUGUGACCUUGCACCUUAUCGUCGACCUGCACUGCAUUUCCUCUGUAGCUGUGACACUUUGUACUGUUACUGUUGUUACCUGUACUACCUCAAUGCACUCUGUACUAAUUCAAUGUUGCUGCACUGUGUAAUGAAUUGACCUGUACGAACGGUAUGCAAGACCAAUACCUAUACCCUCUCACCCUAAACCUAUGCCCUAAACUGUGUGCAUUCACCCUAUCUAUGCCCCUCAUGAUUUUAUACACCUCUGCAAGAUCGCACUGUGCCCAACAUUGAGCACCAGCUAUGGUGAUAUUGAGUGUACCUGUUUUAAAGUCUCAUCAGUUAUGUGUUUACAUACCCUCACUGCGGGGGAAUUAUACUGUAUCAACUUGUGUUGCAAAGACUAAUUUACGAAACUACAUUCAGUCU